CGUCGCAUUGUCUUUUUCCUCCAUUCUUCUCUUCCUCUUCUUUAUUGUUUUUUUUCCUCUCUUUUUAAUAUAUGAACUGAUCCGCAAAGAGCAUCUUUUGGAAAGGAGGGACUCCGACAGACUGGCACAGGCUGGAGCAUUGCCAAGGCUGCUCGAAAAUUGGGAAGGUUGCCAUGCUGGAAGCAAAAGAGAGUCAGAGACAGAAGGAAGGGGGGUAAACGGAAAAAAAAAAGAAAGAAACGCCAAGACUUGGCACAGCUCAGUCAAAUCGGUUCCUUUUGUCUCCUGUUCUUCGCUUCAGGAAAGAAAACCUAUUCUGGGCUAAAAAGGCAAACUUUUUUUUUUUUUUUUUUGCUUAAAGCUGUCAAACUUGGAAGGCUUUUGAAAUCUCUCGGGCUUUUCCGGAUCCAUGUUCGACACAGUUUUGUCUGAUUUAUCAAAGUUAACGAAUGCCCCCCCAACAUUAUCGUACUUUCUAAUUAUUUUGUCUUUCAUUUGGUUCUUUGAGAACAGUUGUUCUUUUUUUUUUUCUGUUUUGUUUCAUCGUUUUACCACGAAUCUCUCGGAAACGGCGGCUCGGCACUUUGUACACAAGAGCAUUUUUCAGUAUUGUGUGCAAGGCAGAAAAUGUUUCCUUUUAUUUUUGUUUUUAAAUGGAUCCUUUGCAAAAGCACUGCAAAAGAGUUGGAAUUUACAUUAAUUGUGGGUUUUUAUCCCAUCUCCUAAAGCAACUUGGCAAAGAAUUUGGCCCAGAAAGAACGGGAAGGAGGCAGUGUUAUUUGUGCUUAACCUUGUGCCUGCUCCUCGCUGUGCUCGGGAAGCAACAGUUCCUUAGCGUGGCUGCUCUGUGGGCUGCCUGAUAUCAGAAGCUCUUUAUCUACCCUGCAAUUAGCCAAGACCCGAAUUGGCAGUGCGAGACCCUCUAUCUGCACCUGAAGGGCAAACAUACCAUCUAAACAUCAUGUCAGUGGCAAGUCCAUGGUCGAACCUUUCCCAGAGGGAACACAAAUGGCAAUAUUCGGUAUGGGCUGCUUUUGGGGAGCAGAAAGAAAGUUCUGGAGACAAAAAGGGGUCUACUCCACCCAAGUUGGCUAUUCUGGAGGUUACACACCCAACCCGCUGUAUGAAGAAGUCUGCUCAGGACGGACGGGACAUGCAGAAGUGGUUCGAGUUGUCUACGAGCCAGAAAGCAUCAACUUUGAGAAAUUGAUCAAGGUCUUCUGGGAGAAUCAUGACCCGACACAAGGAAUGCGCCAGGGUAACGAUGUUGGCACCAUGUACCGCUCUGCAAUCUACACCUACACUAAGGAGCAAACAGAGGCAGCUUUAAAGUCCAGAGAAGAUUACCAAAAGGAGCUGAGUGCCCACGGCUAUGGACAAAUCACCACGGAAAUCAGUGAAGCAAAGAACUUCUACUACGCUGAGGAUUAUCACCAGCAGUACCUGAGCAAGAUCCCAAACGGCUACUGCGGAAUGGGGGGCACUGGAGUUACCUGCCCUAUCGGCCUCAAAUAGCAGCUGUCUGUAUAUGGCAUUAGGGCACCCUUAGUCACGUGACAAAUGUCUAUCUACCUCCACUAUGGUCAAUAGGUCUUCCAUGUUCCCAAGCUAAUAGCCAAAUAUGGCAUGUUUAAUGUGAUGUCACAAGUGGCAUUAUUUUCUUCAGGACUCUGUCUGCUUUUUACCAACGUUAAUGGAACCCGUGUGCCUUUCUCAUAGCUGUUGCCUUUGGUUACAAUGUGACGUCAAUCAUGAUUUUUAUCUGCAGUUGUCCUAGGGAAAAAGGCAAAAUAAAAUGCCACUUGUGACAUCACUCAUGUAUUUAGUGUUUAUUUCUUGCAUUUGUCAGAAUGCACUGGAAUGGAAGCUGCUAAUUUGAGGCAUCAGUAAAACAUCACCAUCUCCACCUAGUGGUCAUAAGGUGGAGCUGUUCUGCUGAAUUCUAUGCAGUUGGCCUCAGCAGAGCAAACCAAUAUGGCAGCUUACAGUCAUUAGUACAGUAUAAUACACAGUAAACGCGGCUCAAUAAAACAAGUUAUAUUUGAUCUUUAGUCUUUUUUCCUCUUUUAAAUAUCUAGAGAUAGGUUCAGUCGAUUUGGUGGCAAAUCAUUGUUGUGAGAUCUGGAAUUUUGGGUAAAAGCACCUCGAUUGUUUCAUAGAAUAACAAUGUACCAAUAAAACUAUCCUUCCCUCUUC